AUGGCGCCUCCAACUCCCGUCUUCGGCAGAGAAGAGCUUGAAGUGGUGAGAGACAGAAUCGAAGAACCCUGUCAAUUGAAGUCUCUGAUUCAGCAUGAAUGUGAGUACAAUGGACUACAGUACGUGUGUCUGCCAUUUAAAAGAGUAUUCCAGGAGUGUAUAGUGGGCAAACAACGUCAGAAAGUUCGCUUUGAAGUUACAACUGAACUCACCAAUGGUGCCGUUGAUGCAACGGUGGAGAAGUUCUGGGUUACCGCUGGAAAAGAGUCAGAAGAGAAAGUUGGGUAA